AUGGCCCCCUCAAUUAACACGGCCCAGCGUUGCACCACCUGUGCCGUUGUUGCUCUCGACAACAAUCGUGCCCCUCGCCAGGACCUGCAGCGUCGCCGUGGAUACACCACCUGGGAAGACGUGCAGAUCGCUUCUGUCCGCCCAAUCACACCCUCGUCGCAUGCACCUCUGUUCCUUCCCCGUCUUGCUUGGACGCGGCCCAGGCCCGCUACGUCUGCACCUAAGCCCGGCUUGUCUGCGGCCAUACAGACAUUACACACACUGGAGCGAACCGCAUGCUAUUCCCGCUCCGUACCAUUCCUAUUCGACAUUCAUCAGGGAACCGUCUAG